CAUUUGAGGAAUGUGCAAUAAUGCCCAUAACAUUGUUAUCACCUGCUUGCUUAAAAGCUUGUUGUUGACGAAGGAAAGAAAAUCUUCCGAAUACUUAAGAGAUCUAAACCUUAAUUCUGUUUAAAAUUUCUAACCCUACGCUCAAAAUAAACAUAUAAAGAAAUGAAUAAUGAAAAUAAGUCGCAAACCAUGAAGGUAAUUGUGGCAAUCGAUCAAGGGACGCAGUCCACUCGAUGCAUUUUCUACAAUGAAAAAAUGCAAGUUUUAGUAACAUCAUCUAAGACUCACAAGCAACACUAUCCUCAAUCAGGAUGGUGUGAACAUGAUCCUUUGGAAAUCAUAGAAAAUGUAUAUGGCACCAUGAAUGAUGCCUUGGAACAAAUGAGAUCCAAGUGGGAAAGCUUUGAAAUCGUAAGCGUAGGCAUAACUAAUCAAAGGGAGACCAUAGUGGCGUGGGAUGCGGCAACAGAUAAGCCUUUGCACAACGCAAUAGUGUGGCUAGACAUUCGUGCCGAAGCAGAAGUGGCAGAAUUUAUUGAAAAAUAUGGAUCUCCCACGCACUUCAUUGAAAAGACUGGAUUAGUGAUAAAUCCCUAUUUUUCUGCAUUCAAAUUGGCAUGGAUGUCAAAAAAUCUUCCAUGGUUCAAAGAAGCUGUGGAAAAUGAAACAAUCCGUUUUGGAACAAUGGAUUCCUGGAUCAUCUAUAACCUAACAGGAAACUAUGUAACAGAUAUUACCAAUGCAUCAAGGACAUUCUUAAUGGAUAUAGAUAAGUGUAUAUGGAGCACCGAAAUGCUGCGUGUGUUUGGUUUAAAUUCCAAAGUGCUACCUGAAAUACUACCAAAUUGUGCCGAAUUCGGGCUUAUCAACAAUACUCAUGUUUCCGGAUUCAAGGGCGUCAGAAUCACCGCGUCCAUUGGUGAUCAACAGUCAGCAUGUGUUGGACAUGGGUUGUUAGAUCAAGGCACAGCUAAACUUACGUUGGGAACUGGAGGUUUUAUAUUGAUCAACACGGGUAAAGAUAAGGUUAAAUCUUUCGAUGGAUUACUGUCGACACCGUGUUACAAAACGGGAAAUGACUCAGACACCAUUUAUGCAUUAGAGGGAUCCAUUGCCAUCGCCGGAGCUGGAAUAACGUGGUUACAAGAUAUGGGAAUUAUAAAACAUCCAGCUGAAGUAUCAGAUCUAUUAAAGGAAUGCAAGUGCUCUGAAGGAGUCGUGUUUGUCCCAGCCUUUUCUGGUUUAUUCGCUCCUAGAUGGAGAAGCGAUGCAAGAGGCUCCAUACUAGGAAUGACACAACGUACAAAACGAAUGCAUAUAGUGAGAGCUUUCUGUGAAAGUAUAGGAUUCCAAUUACGUGAAAUAAUCUUAUCAUUCAUAAAGGAUAUGAAUAUAGAGAAAGUCCCAUAUAUUUGUGUUGACGGUGGAGUAUCUAAGAACUCUGAAUUGUUGCAAGUCAUAUCGGAUAUAACGAAUACACCAUUGGAAUCACCUGAAAUGGUAGAAGCAACCUGUGCAGGAGCCGCAAUGUUAGCUGGGCUUCAAGCAAAGGUCUGGGGAAGUUUGGAAGAGGUUCGACAAUUGACAACUAAACAGCGCAAAAGAUGGGACCCCCAAAUGUCCGAUCCUCAAAGAAACAAUGCAGUAAAUUAUUGGAAUCUUGGAGUAAAUCGUUCUCUUUCCUGGCAAUUAUCAAUGUGAUGCCUAGGUGUACUUAAUGUGGUCUAUACACUCAAUGCG